CAGGCGCCGGCAGAGGGGAGGAGCUGCUCGGUGCUGCUGGGCGAGGAGGGGGGGUUGAGGCAUCCCCAAGGGCCGCCCCGCCGGCAAUGGGGGGCAGCGAGAGCAGCCAGGGCGGCAGGAAGGUUUCCUUCGGGCUGGAUGAGCGGGACCAAGUCCGGGUGCUGCAGGGCAUCAGGCUCACUGAAGAUGUAGUGAAUCGAAUGAAAGAAUCUCAAAGUAAAAGGGGCAGCCAGAGGUCACCCUAUUCAUCCAGUGGUACAGCUCCAUCUUCAACAGCUGCAGAAGGGAAACCCAAAUCUUCUACAGGAAUCCAGCCACCAGGUAACUCUGAUCAGAAGGCUACAGUUGCGGAGCAGGAACUGUACAGGAGGUAUGAGCAGGAGCAGGCCCUGGUCCAAGAGGAAUUGCUCCGGCUGGCCAAAAGAGAAAGGGAAGCAGCUGGUGAGAUGCUGAGUACUGCCCUUCAGCGGGAGUGGAACAGCACUAAUGAAGAGAGGAAUAGAGCAGCUCAGCUGCCUGCGGAUUUGGACGCCUGGGCCAUGGAGCUGCAAGGCAGGGAGGCAGAGCUGAAGCGGCAAGAGGCCUUCUAUAAAGAGCAGUUGGCCCGCAUUGAGAGGAAGAAUGCAGAAAUCUACAAGCUGACAUCGGAGCAGUACCAGGAGGCAGCCACCAAGGCAGAGGAAAUGAUAAAGAGGAGGAACACUGAUCCUGUCUGUGCAAGUCUGCAGUCUGAAAUUCUGAAGUGCUAUCAAGAAAACCAACGUGAAGUGCUCAAAUGCUCAGAGCUGGCUAAGGAGUAUCAGCGCUGUGUUAGUGCCGCUCAGAAGUCGUUCCACUUUUCAAGCUUUCCUUGCAAGCCCGAGGAUCUCAGACUCUUCAGCUUUCAACAGAAGCCAAGAAUUCAUGAGCUUUUAGUUAACUCUGGAUAACAUCAGCCACCAAAGAGCAGAGGACAGGGACCACAGAUGCCCCUGGAAGGCCCAGCAUUCUUCUGGAUAGACGCUGACCAAAACUGGUGCCUUCUACCCUUCGUGGUCCAAGACAACGAUAUGAUUCCUCUUCUAAUGGCCUGCAUGUAUUGGUCUGUGUGGAUGCUUUUGGAGCCAGGCAGAGGGUCAUAAGAGAGAGGAACACUGUUACUUCAUUUUUGUAUUGUAAUAGAAUGUAAAGAAUAGCCUUGACCGCAGCACAGCUUGUCACUUGGAGGCAUACCCCACACAGGCCUGGUUCACCCUGUGCUAGCUUUGGUUUCACCAACCCCUGUCUGAGUUUCAAGAGUUAUCCUUGUCUGUUUGCUCCAAAAUUAAGGGUCUGAAGAACUCGGAAAUAACCCUGACCAGCUUGUUGGGAUUAACUGUUCCUAGCAUGCUCUGAUUGGCUGCACCAGCAGGCACGUUUCUCCCCUUCUGAGGUUCUCUCCUAAAUAAUUAAGUGUUUAAUGGUCACUGUGUGCUGUGAGAUACUUUCAGUUCCAUGGGUUUGUAGAUUGCUGUUUCCUACCUCCUUCCUGUGCCAAUGAAAACUCCCACCAAGUAUGGGGAAUAGGAGCAUUUCCAGUCACAGUUUAUAAAUCACAAAACUUGUUUUAGGUCCCAGGCUGACUGAGGUUGGCUUAUUUGAAAGUUCUUGGAAGAGCACAAAGUCCUGGCCAAAGAGAAUCAGCGUUGGUGAAUCAUACUGAAAAACACCCUGCCUGCUGAGCACAGAGCCCUGGCUGUCCUUCUUUACUCCAGCUGUUGUGUGCAGUUCCUCCUCUGCUGUCCACUGUGCUCUUUGACCUUGUGUUUGGUUGUGUGCCUUCUCCUCAUGGAGCCAAAUGGGAACUCUGCUUCUGACUCUCAUCCCACCAGAGUAAGGUGCAGCGGAUAUACCUGUCAGGGAGACGGGAACAGGUCUAUUUGUGGCUUCAUUCCCUUUCUCUGCCUAAAGCCUCUCCUUCACUUGGCAGCUUCUGCUGCUUGUGUCCUCCUUGCUGUGUCUGACGGGUUCUGAAGGAUGUGAUUGUGGAUUUUUGGAGCUCAUGUCAGAUUUGAAUGUAGUGUUUAUGAAAAUAAAUGAGGGGAGCUGAGAAUUGUUUUCUAUGUUAUAUUCUGCUCUUGGGCAGCAAUUCAGAGCUUCGCAUCUUCAUUAAAGCAACAAAAUUCCUUUCCUUA